UUUAGACUCAGUGAAACUUUGAGAGAUGCAAACCUUGUUCUUAAAGUUUGCAUAAGGUUAAAAACAGAGAGAAUAUUAUAAGAAGCAAUAUAAUUUCACAUCAAUUUUAAUAUAUUAAGUGAUUUACUAAUUAAAAGUUGUUUGAAUUGUUAGUAAGACUUAAUUUGAAAAUGAACUUUUUAAUUGGUGGUGGCACGGGAUUAAUAGGUCGAUCCCUUGUUUCAUCACUUCGAUCAACUGGACAUAAUGUACAAGUUAUCACACGCAGACCAAAGGAAAGAAAUGAUUUGAGCUGGGGUUCUAUCAAGAAGAAUGGUUUACCAAAAGAUGUAGAUGUUAUUGUAAAUUUGAGCGGUCGAAACGUUGGUGAAGUUAACCCACUAUUUCUUAUUAAACAGAAUUAUGAUAAAUAUAUUGACGAAGUUUUUUCCAGUCGUUUAGAUACAACCAAGCUUCUUGUUGAUCUAUCAAAAUCUGCCCCAAUUAAAGCAUUCAUAAAUGCAUCAGCGAUUGGUUUCUACCCUCCUGAUCCGCAAAUCACAUAUGAUGAAUCUGCUCCAUUCAGAGACUGUGGCUUUAUUACAAAUCUUGUUAAACGAUGGGAAGAUGCGGCUCAAAUACCCUCUAGACCUGAUAUUCGUCAAAUUCAACUGCGAAUAGGUGUAGUUCUUAGCCAAGACUCGAGUUUCAUUCGUACUUUUCAUCGCAUUUAUCUCCUGGGGUUUUGUAAUCCGAUUGGUACUGGUCGUCAAUGGAUAUCUUGGAUUCAUUUAGAUGAUAUGGUUAGAAUAAUUGAAUAUGUUGCUGACCCUAAACGAGUUUUUUCAAGCGGACCUGUCAAUUGUACAUCACCUAAAUCUGUUCAACAGGUUACUUUUGCUAAAGCCAUGUCUGAGUCACUUGGUGCUCCGAGUAAUAUCCUUUCCAAUGUUCCAGUCCCAUCGUUUCUUUUUACUUAUCUCCUUGGUCGUGAUCGUGCUUCCUUAGCUGUAGACGGUCAGCGUGUGAUUCCUAAGAAGCUCCUCAAUGCAGGGUUCGAGUUCACUUACCCUGAUUUAGCAGAUGCUUUGGAGAAUAUUUUCGGUCGUCGACCCCGUUCAUAAAAGUCACAUUUUAACUUUUUAUUGAACGAAGUUAUCUCUUAAUAAAAUAUAACUAACCAUGUUUUUCUCUUGUUAUCUGUCCAACCAUGAUAGUUAAAUCUAUUUGCACCUAAGUACCUUUCUACUGUCUCACAUAUGUAUUAUUUUUUCCAACACUAAAAUUAUGACUCUUCCUACAUGGAGACUUUGUGUUAUGUAGCUGUUUCACCACUCACCAGUAAAUUCGAAAUAUUUCAAUUUUUAGGAGCUAGUCUUUGCUACUUUGUGUAUAACUAAGCAAUACAAUUCUUUAUAUUCUGCAAGUUUUUUUUGCUCUGCUAUGAUUUGUAAUGAUCGUCGAACGUGUGUGUCGGUCGAUAACACUAAUAAAAUCCAUCUUAGGAAGUGUUUUUCUAUACAUUGUCAACAAGAAAUCAUGUGAUUGCUGAAUACGACAACGGUCAUAUUGUGUAUCACGAUAUUUACUGUCUAAAAGUAGCCACAAGAAUGUCAGUUACCGUCUCAAUAACCAUGUAUAGUGGAGAACAGGUUGAUGUUCGGAAUUAUUAC